AUGUCUUGGUCAUUCCAACUACAAAAGAUCAAUCAAGCCUUCGAGAAGAUCGCUGGAUGGUACUACGAGUUCCUGCAGAGAACCGAAGAUGGCUUUCGAGCUCUCCAUGACCGUGUAUUGUACCUAGAAGAACGACAGACCUGGCAAGGUCCUAGUGACGAACAACUUGAACGAGUGCUCCGCAAGAUACUUGCCGAAAGAUUUGCAGAUGACGAGUCGCGACAUACAGACUCUACGAGUGUGGCCAAAGGCACCAACUUCAUUGUUGAAGAUGCCAGGAGCCGAUCGACGAUCAGGCCGAUUACUAUCGACGCAGCAUCCUUGUUUGUUGAGCCAGAAUCUGUACCGUCCAGGGUCUACGCAGAAACUUUCGAGAUGCUGGAAGGUCGGCUCACGGAUUAUCCACGCGUGCUUCAAGCAGAGCCUGCUGAUGAGGGCGUAUCAGAUGGGAGAAUCAAAAUUGAGUACGAGAGGUCGAUUCUUUGA